AGUAGUUAUUGACGACCAUGAAGAUGUUUUCCAUGCGACUGUCACUCGUCCUUUUGGCUCUCUGGAGUCUCGAGACCGCUGCUGUUACUAGCGGUUCGCUGCGUCGAAAACUUCCUGAAGGUGGCUCGAAUGCUGCAUCGGGUCAGAUCAAGGCCUUUGUGGAAUUGGUGUCUUCAACCGGAAGGAUUUGUUCGGGGGUCUUGAUCAAGCCCGAUAUCGUUGCUACCGCCGCGUCUUGUACCUUCUCCGAUAACGGCGCAGGGACUGCGGACUUUACGUCGCAGGCAUAUGUCAAGGGUACCAACACUGAAUCAGAAAGGGGAAUUUCGAGAAACUGGGCAGAUUAUGUCGUUCAUCCAGACUACAGCUACGGAAGUGAAACCAACAAUGUUGCCGUUAUUCUACUUUCUAGUCCCGUCGAAACAGUUGAAACUCUGGACGUUAACCUAUGGACGACCGUGGAUAUUGGAACUAGCGUUAUGGCCGCUGGAUAUGGCAGCGGAAGGACUGACAGAGGCAGAGACGAUCUGACACUUGCAUCGCUCAUGAUCUUGAAUGAGGGCGCAGCUGGCUGUAUUACCGGAAACAUUGAUCAAGUCAUUUGUGCCGAUAGUGAUACCCAAGACAUGUGCGAAGGCGACGAAGGGUCCCCUUUGAUGGAUGGGGACAACUUGGUUGGAAUUUAUAGCCAUGGAGGAGCUUGCGACCCAGCGAAUGGUUCCCCCAAAUUCAUGCGGGCGCCCUAUUUCCGGAGCUUUAUUCAAAACGAGACUUGCAACCUGAACGCGGGAUAUUGCAGUUGGCUCGGCAGUGCCUGCCAAACCAUUUCGAAUGCUUUUACCAAUGCCCUGACCGCUUUGGGCUUUUAUGCGAGCAAAGCCGACGAAGGAGUUUAAAAAAGCCGAUUGAAUUGGUGGCUGGCUGUUGUACUGUAUCGGUAGCUAUGUAUGUGAACUGCUUGCUUCGACGGUGUUUUAGACCCAGAAAACUAGAUUGGUAACCAUCAUGCAUUAGAUUCGCAAAGAUGUGGAGGUCUUGGAGGGCUAAUACACUGG